AUGGCUGACUCACGCUUCGACGCUCUGUCGACUGACCCACGAUAUCGAUUACCGAAUCGCAAAGAAGGUCGUACAGCAGUCGAUCCACGCUUCAAGCGCAUAUUCAAGGACCGAGACUUCCGCCAGAAGGCCACUGUCGAUCGAUAUGGACGCAAGGUUGACCCGAAAAGCGGGAAGCAGAAACUGGAAAGGCUGUACAGGGUAGAGAAGGACGACGGAAAGUCCAAGUCAAAGCAGAGGUUUGGAAGGGAAGUGGUUGGUAGCUCAGAAGAAGACAGCGAAGACGACGAGGACUCGGAAGCCGAGGCGGCGGUGAAGAAGCGGGAUCCGGCCAGAGAGGGUGGCUUCUCUGAGUCAGAGUCAGAGUCUGAAGAAGAGAGCGCAUCGGACGAGGAGAGCGAAGAUGAAGCAGAGCUUGCGGAGGAGACUGCCGGCCAGGAGCAGACGGAGAGCAUCCCAAUGGGCGAGGUGUCGAGAAGAAUCGCAGCUGUCAAUCUGGACUGGGACAAUCUCAGAGCCUCAGAUAUUAUGGCAGUUGCCUCCAGCUUUGUGCCAGUUGACGGACGGAUCGAGAGUGUGAGAGUAUACCCAAGCGAGUUCGGACAAGAGCGCAUGCAGCGCGAGGAGCUAGAGGGACCACCGAGAGAGAUCUUCGCCAGCUCUAAGCGACAUGCGGAGGAUGAUGAAUCAGGCAGCGACGAGGAAGACGACGAAGAGGGAGAUACGAAGAUCGAACGACAGCUACAACAAGACCAGGUCAACGAAGGUGAUGAAUUCGACACUGCGAAGCUUCGGCAAUAUCAGCUUGAACGGUUGCGGUAUCACUAUGCCGUCUUGACUUGCUCGAACAAGACAACCGCCAAGGCUAUCUACGACUCCAUGGAUGGUCGCGAGUACCUUACCAGUGCAAACUUCUUUGACCUCCGCUUCAUUCCUGACGAGACCUCGUUUGAUGACGAUAAGCCUCGAGAUGAGUGCACGAAGCUGCCAGACGGCUACAGGCCCAACGACUUCCGCACAGAGGCACUGACGCAUUCCAACGUACGAUUAACCUGGGACGACGAUGAUCCGACAAGGAAGGAAGUGCAGAAGCGGGCCUUCUCGCGAGCUGAGAUGGAUGAAAAUGAUCUUCAGGCAUACAUUGGUAGUGACUCCAGUGAUGCUGAGAGCACGGCUUCCCGAAAGUCCACAGCUGAAGAUCGAAAAGCAAAGAAGCGGGAGGCUGAGAGAGCAAAGAUGAGAGCUGCGCUCGGACUGGCAGCGGAAUCGCACAAGGCCGACGGAGCAACGAAGAAGAAGGGCGACGAGGUAGUCGGAGACAUGCAGAUCACUUUCACUUCGGGUCUUGGCGGAAGCGGUGCAGGUGAGAAGAGCGUGUUCGAGAACGAGCCGCAGGAUGAGGAAAGCACGAGAGAUCGGUACAUUCGCAAAGAGCGUGAGAGGAAGCAAAAGCGGAAGGAGAAGAUGAAGGCUUCGAGACCUGCUGAGGCAGCAGAGGAGGAUGAUCAAGAGGAAGAUGCUGCGAUUGAUGACCAAGGUUUCGAUGACCCAUUCUUUACUGACCCCACAGCUGCCGCUGCUGCGGAGAAGAAAGCGAAGAAGGAUGCUCGCAAGCAGAAACUUGCAGCUCAAGCCGCGCAGGACGAAGAAGCAGCUUCACGGCGUGCAGAGCUCGAGCUGCUCAUGGUGGAAGACCAAGGCGACAGCACGAAGCACUUUGACAUGCGCGAGAUCGAGAAGGCAGAGAAGGAGGCUCGGAGGAAAGGUAAGAAGAAGGAUAAGAAAAGCAAAAAGAGGAUUGUUGAGCAGAACGAGGAUGGCUUCACGAUGGAGACGGAAGACCCACGAUUCAAGGCAUUGUUUGAGAGUCACGAGUAUGCUAUUGAUCCGACGAAUCCGAAGUUCAAGAAGACGGAAGGGAUGUCGAAGCUACUGGAGGAGGGCAGGAAGAAGAGGAAGUUGCGGGAGGUUGAUGAAGAUGAUGAGGUUGGCGAGCCUCGUGACAAGAAGAAGACGGCUAAGGGUGCUGGUGGGAAGGGAGAGCUAGAGGGGCUUGUGAAGAGGUUGAAGGGAGGCUCAAAGUCGAAGAAGUAG